CCUUAGGGUAUGUGCAAUGGUAGAGAAGACAAUAUUCCCUAAACCCACCACAACGGUGGCCGGGUUGUGUUCAACAAGUGGAACCCAUGCCUUCAAGUGGUGUGCCACUUAAUGAACACAUACAUGCCUCCAACACAAACUCAUAUACACACUUGUUCCAUACAUGGUCUUUGCUUUGAGCGACCAGAGCAUAGUAGGCUUUUUGCAAGGCAUGUAUCCGGUUGGAGCGAGCAACCAAGGAGAUGUUUACCCCAGAUGGUGAUGGUUUAGUCUUCGGAACGGCCCUCCAAUACCUUAGGAGGUACUCUUUUCGUCGAACCAUGACAUUUUAAUCUUUGUACAGUGAGUUUGUCAUGCUGCAGUGGUGAAGUACUCCCCACUUAUGCCAAUUGCCAAGAGGUUCUGUGUUCGACACAACCUCUCUGCAUUGCACUCUGCAAGAAUAAGGCUUGCCUUGUAUAAUCCUUUCCCCUACCCCACCUGGUGUGGAAGCUUCUAGAACUGGGUUUGUCUUUUUUGUUUCCGGGUGAGUUCGUCUUUGUUUGGACUGUUGUGCAUCUUGCUCUGUACAGACCGGGUGUGAACUCUAUGCAGUUGGUACCGUCUCGAUGCAACAUUGGAGUCAGUAAAGCUCUCAUUAUUAUUGAGAAAAGGGUUAUCCUACAACGAUUCCUGACAAUGAACAAUUUAGAAUGCUAUAUACUCCUAGACGUCUGCCUUAUGCACGUGUAGCCAUGGAAAGCUACACUACAUAGACGAGUGACUUGUGAGGCCAUGUGCAGUAGUCAACAUGGAAAAGCAAGGCCGACGCACAUGAAAUAAAUUACGAAGGCAUGCGUAGCUGCAAAUAAAAUAUAACCGCAGAGCAAAGAUUUUUCCACAACUUACCUAACCAUGUACCCUGAAUGUCGGAUUCCCUCCAUGGUAGGUAAUCUUUACACAUCACAAACUGAAGCUAUGUGUCUUGUGCAGCAGAUGUUAAGUUGACUGCACGCAUUUAUCAAGUAACAAUAAAUAACUGUAUCAUAAGGAAAACAUAAUUAAAACAAAAUUGUAUUCUGAUUUAUGCUCCAGGCUGUGUAAAUUUGGGCUUCAGUUCUUUUCAGGAUACAGUAAAAUAUGUAUUGUUAAUUGCAAAUCAGAAAAGAAACAUGGUGGCUGACCAAUGUGGAAAGCUACAUAGACGACUGACUUUUCAAGUCAUGCAUGCAUGUGUAACCACCGAAAGCUACAUACAAAAUAGACUUAUGAAGCUAUGUGUAGUGGAGAAUAUGGGAAAGCAAGGACGACUGACUUUUGCACUGAAGUCAUGAGAUGAGUGGCUAAGAAUUUCCUACCCUACAAAUAAAUUACAACCACGAGGGUAAGAUCGUGCACUGAAGUCAUGUAUAGCUUGUUUUUUCAAAACGUGUUCUUGGUAUAGCAUUUGCAGACGACAAUGCCUGUGGAAAAAAGAGGGCAGGAUAGCAACUUUUACCUCACUGCAGAUUAAGUUAAAUAGCAUUGCAGUCUGCUCCUGCAAGCACAGAGAAGCACCCAUCUCAGAUGAAGUUCUUCCUCCUCUGUUUCCUCCUCUGUUUUGGCCUCAAGCCUGCGUUUUUCACUGCAGCAAGCGAUGACCAACUCUUGUACCAUGGCUUCACAGCCGGUACCAACCUCACCGUCGACGAGGCUGCUUCAGUCACGCCGAACGGACUCCUUGAGCUAACCAAUGGCUCGCUUGGUUGCAAAGGUCAUGCGUUCUACCCAACUCCGUUGCACUUCCGCAAAUCGCAUAAUGAUACAGUGCAAUCUUUCUCAGUCGCCUUCGUGUUUGCCAUCCACUCUAGCUACCCCAUCAUGAGCCGACAGGGCUUGGCUUUCGUUGUCGCCCCAAGCAUGAACUUCUCAACUGCAUUGGCCAACCAAUACUUGGGCCUCAUGAACUCCCAGAACAACGGCAACUUGAGCAACCACAUCUUCGCCAUCGAGCUAGACACCGUCCUAAACAUCGAGUUCAAAGACAUCAACACCAACCAUGUAGGUAUUGACAUCAACAGCCUCCAGUCUAUAGAGUCCAACUCUGCAGGAUAUUAUGAUGAUAGGAACGGUACCUUCCAAGACAUGGUUCUUGCUAGUGGUGAUGCAAUUCAAGUGUGGGUGGACUACAAUGGUGAAGCCAAGAAAAUCAGUGUGACCAUGGCUCCCCUUCAAAUGGCAAAACCUACAAGGCCACUCAUAUCGACAAAUUAUGACCUCUCGAGUGUGUUGCAAGAUCCAUCCUACAUCGGCUUCUCAUCUUCAGGUGGAGAGGUCGACUCAAGACAUUAUGUACUUGGUUGGAGUUUUGGGAUGAACAAACCAGCCCCACUGAUCAAUUCUGUGAAGCUGCCAAAGCUACCUCAGCCAAAGCAUCAAUCAAAGCUGCUGAAAAUCAUCCUACCUAUAGCGAGCGCAAUCUUCGUAUUUGCUGUGGGUUCUAUGGUCAUUUUACUAGUGAGGAGAAAAUUGAGGUAUGCUGAGCUAAAAGAAGAUUGGGAGAUCGAGUUCAGGCCACAUCGGUUCUCAUACAAGGAUUUGUUCCAUGCCACAGAAGGAUUUAAGAACAAACACCUACUUGGUGCAGGAGGAUUUGGGAAGGUAUAUAAAGGGGCCCUUCCAUCAACAAAACUAGAGGUUGCUGUGAAGAGGGUAUCGCACGAGUCCAGACAGGGUCUAAAGGAGUUUGUUGCUGAGGUUGUCAGCAUUGGCCGCAUCCGACAUCGUAACCUUGUUCAGUUACUUGGCUAUUGUAGGAGAAAAGAUGAACUCCUUUUGGUGUAUGACUACAUGUCAAAUGGUAGCCUUGAUAAGUAUUUGUAUUGUGAUGAUCCAAUGCUUAUACUAAACUGGGCUCAGAGGUUUCGGAUAAUAAAGGAUAUUGCAUCAGGCUUGCUGUACCUCCAUGAAAAAUGGGAGAAAGUGGUCAUCCACCGUGACAUCAAAGCAAGCAACGUACUCCUUGAUAGUGAAAUGAAUGGGAGGCUAGGUGACUUUGGCCUUGCAAGACUUUAUGAUCAUGGAACUGAUAUGCAGACCACACAUGUGGUUGGUACCAUUGGGUACCUAGCCCCAGAACUGAUAUGCACAGGUAAGGCAACUCCUCUCACUGAUGUGUUUGCCUUUGGGAUUUUCCUUCUUGAGGUUGCCUGUGGGCAAAGGCCAGUUAACAGCAAUGCACGAGCAAAUCAACCUUUGUUAGUUGAUUGGGUUCUUGAGCAUUGGAAUAAGGGAUCACUGGCUGAGGCAGUAGAUACGAGGUUACAGAAUGACUAUAAUGUUGACGAGGCAUGCCUAGUGCUAAAGCUAGGACUACUAUGUGCACACCCAUUUACCAAUGCAAGGCCCAACAUGCAGAGUAUCAUGCGGUACCUUGAUGGCGAUUUGCAAUUCCCUGACUUAACAGAUACAGACAUGAGCUUCAGCCUGCUCUCUCAAAUGCAGGGUGAAGGGUUUGACCGUUAUGCAUUGUCAUAUCUUUCAUUAAACACGAGCAUUGGCACAAUAUCUGGUCUUUCAGGAGGAAGAUGAUAUCAAUCUUGGUUGAUGUUAUAAUUAUAAUAUAUCUGAGCUUGCAUGCCACAUAUUAUAUUUAGUACCAAAUCAUGUAAUGUUUGGGGCUAGGUUAGACUUCUCAGAGGCUUUUCUUACUGUGAGGGUAGUGCGUAAUUGCUUUUCGAAUGGUGUUUACAGCUCAUAAUUUUAAUAACUAAACGAAGAAGCUACCUGCGUACUUGUGGGUUGAUUUACAUAUGCAUCAUUCAGUUGCUUAUCACGUGGUGUUUCACAGCCCACAAAUAAAUACUAUCUUUGCAUUAA